AUGAAUAAUUAUAAUCAAGAUAAAUCUAGUAAAAAAAUUGUUUCACCAUCAUAUGAAAUGCAAACAAAUGAAAAUGAACAUAAUAAUACAAUUGAAAUUCCUAUUAAACCAAUACAGACUAUUCAACAAACACGUACAUUAGCACAAAUUCGAGAACAACUUGCAUUAAAACGAAAAGCUUCAGCAUCAGCAGCUUCAAAUUCCAUAACAGUUACAGCAAAUAAUCAACCGUCCAGUCCAAUAGUUAAUACAAUUAAAACAGAACCUAUUACACAAAAUGAAACUAUCUAUCAAACUAUGUACGAUUUCUUUUUAUCUCUAUUUAUUCAACAAACAGAAUAUUCAACAUCAAAUACAAUCUUACCUUCAUCUUUAUUCACAAAUCAACCAUCGAAUGAUUCUCUUUUGAAUCUUAAUCAUAAUAAUAAUUCAGUAACACAAUUUUUAUUUGACGAUUUUCCUGAAACACUUGAUCAAUUUACUGCAUCAAUGCUUGAUAAUAUCAAUGAUUCGACAGCAAAUCAUUCGAAUUCACAAUCUAAUCAACAAGAAAAACAACAAACAAUAUUAAAUACUCAAAUUAUUGUUGAUUUUGAUAGUAUUUUACAAGAAUUAAAAUCUGUUGGUCAAGCACAUCAAUCAGAACAAGCAACAGCAAUGAUCGUAGAAAAUAUAACAUCUAAUAUUAAACAAGAACCACAAAGUGAUUCACAAAAUCAAUCAAUAAAUUCCAAUGAAACAAUAUCUCCACUCAGAUAUCAAUCGACAUCCGAUGAUUUUCUUGCAUUCCUAUCAUCAGAUCCUACAGCAUCAUUACCAAGUAUUAAUACAAUGAUGCUUUCAACAAUUUCAACACCAACAAUAACAACAUCACCUGUUCAUACACCAAAAAAGAAAGGUACAAAAUCCAAUAAUACAUCACCAAAAAUAAAAAAAGAACCUGGUACUAUUAUUAAAAGUAAAACAAUUAAAAAAACAACAAAAAAAGAUGUUUUUGAUGGUGAAUCAUUACAACAAAUAUUAAUUAAAGCAAAUGGGGAAUUUGUUGAACCAAUGCAUAUUGUUCUUGCAUCACCUAUUAAACAUCAACCAUCAACAACAUCAUAUUCACCUAUUGCACCCGCAACAUUAAAAAAGAAUAAUAAUAAUAAUAAUAAUAAUAAUGAUACAUCAUCAAAUUGGAUAACAACAAAUAUUUCACAAACAACUAAAAAUGCACAAGCACUUGCUUUAAAAGCUGUAGCACGAAAUCAAGUUGCAAAAAUUAAUCUUCAACAACAACAACAACAAGCAAUGGACAUUAGUAAUUAUGAUUCAUCAUUGUCACGUCCGACAUUACUUGUUGCUCGUACAGAUUCUUCAUCAAUAUCAAAUACUCAACAACAAACAUUACAAGCACGUUUAAAUGCAUUUGUUGUCAAUGUACCUCAACAACAAUCAGCUAAAUUAAUUCCAACAAGUACAACAGCAACAUUAACACCACAACAACAAGUAUUUUUACAACAAAUUAUUCGUCGUGAUUCUCCAUCUUUAACAACAACAACAGCAGCAGUUUCGGAAUCUACAACAACAUCAAUAGGAAAUCUAGUUCAACAACAUCAGCAAGCAAUAUCUACAACUGUUCGUGUUCCAACAACAACAUCAACAACAACAUUUAUUCAACAACAACAACAACAACAACAACAAAUUCCAAUACGUACAAUAUCUCAAUUAUCAAAUGGUAAUGAUUCGACACGAAAACAACAAUUAUUUGAAUCUCUAUCAUUAUCAUUAGCAAAUAAUCGAACAAUGAAUUAUAAAUGUACAUGUGAAUGUAAACCAUUAAUUGCUUGUAAAAAAUGUGGUGCAUAUUGUCAUGAUGAUUGUAUUGGACAAACAAAAUUAUGUGGAAAUUGUCUUGUGAUGACUCCUUGUUAA